UAAAGUCCAUUCAGAGGAGAGGAGUCAGGAGGCGCAGACGCGACCAGCCAGUCUGUCUCACAGUAUCUUGAUCUUGCUGCUCCUGCACUCCUGUUUCUAUCUUCACAGCGAUGGGAGAGGACGAGAAGGAGGUGCAGGUGGAGACCAAGCCUAGUACCAGAGUAUUCACGUUGGCUGAGGUACUCACUCACAAGAAAUCUGAUUCUUGUUGGAUCGUCAUCCACGACAGGGUGUACGACGUGACCAAGUUCUUAGACGAGCAUCCUGGUGGUGAGGAAGUACUGCUUGAGCAGGCUGGAACAGACGCAACAGAAAAUUUUGAAGAUGUAGGCCAUUCAACUGAUGCUCGGGAAAUGAUGAAGGAAUAUUAUAUUGGAGAUAUAUCAGAGGAAGACAAAAAGCACUCGCAAGACAAAGGUCCAAAAUCUUGGUCAAGUGAAUCUUCCUCAAGUGAAAGUAAUUGGAAAAUGUGGCUGAUACCUGUCGGGCUGGCUGUUGCUACUGCAUUUGCCUACAGAGUAUUGGCUAGGUAAACAGCAAAGUAUUUCGUAGGAUUUCAAGAUAUGUUAGAGGCUCUGACUAUUUUACAGCUCGUGGCGGUCAUGGUUGGUGCCUGUUGGUCUGGCUUGUGUAGCAUCGGUGAUCUACAGGAUGUACGCCCUGCCACAAGCAAGCUAAUGCAGUUAGACCUUAUAACAACUUCGGUCACUUCCUGAUUACUGUCACCCAUGUUAUUUCCAUUCUGACUAGUGUUUCUUUUGUAAUCCUAAUGUUAUAUUUUUUUCAAAAUACUAUAAAAUCUUAUAAAGUUCUAUUUUCCUUUUGUACUUGAAAAUUGUGAAAAAUAGUGUAUAGUCCUGUUAGGGAAAGAAUGUAAAGUAUUACCAUUGUGCUUCCCUCUGAUCCUUUGUACAUUUUAUUGUUAGCUUCUGCGGUCUUAAGUUUCAUGCAACUAACUCUUGUAUAUGAUUAUAUUCUCACCUAUAGUCAUUCGCUUAAUAGUUAUUUGUGUCCAAAUUUAGGUAUUGUAUAAUCUUUGCAAAUUAAAUGUAAUGCUUUCCAUAAUUGCAAUAAAAAUUUGAAACAUGGCUUGUCAGCAGUAUCACAUCCAUGCAGGGCAUAUUGGCAUGAAUGAUUUAUUAUUUUUUCCAAAAUUUUGGCACAAAACCUGUUAUAUAGCCUUAGCCACAUAUAGUUCUGUAUAACAUUUUAAUAAUCCAAUAACAUCUCCAGUGAUUUUAAUAUAUUUUUAUCCAUGUGAAUCCCUGACUGUUGAUCUAACCUACUGACCUCCUUCAUAUAAUUUAUGUGCCACAGUACUAUAGUUUUAAAAGUAUAAAAGACACUUGAUUCAUCAUAGCUUUUUCAGUUUUAAAAAUAUUUUCUUGUAAUACUACAAUAAACAAAUUCCUGAUGUUGACAUAUAACAUUUUCUGGGAUUUCCUAUUUGUAAUAAAAAUAAUACAAUUCAUUUAAAUUUUUUAGUGCUCUCCAAGAACCAUCUUUGAUGAUUAAAUGAAUAUAAAUAGGCUUCUUUUUCAUUCCAGUGAUUAUGGGAUCACUUACCAUGUUUUUGUAAGAUAUUUGAAACUGAAGAUAGUUAAAUAAAACUUGGUAUGAUACUCUCUGUUGCUACAAGAUAAACGUAUCGUUUCAUAAAUGUAGAGUAAUUAUGGCAAAGUCUUUAAAAAAAAAAAAAUUACUGUGAAUGCUGGUUUUUUAUAUUCAAGUCAUGGAUCAUAGCUCUAAUAAAUUAGUACCAGUUCUUGUCCUGUAUUGUAGUGUAUCAAUAAUAUAAUGGGAAUGCACAAGAGCUUCAUGAAUGUAGUGGAUGGUAGUGCUUAAGAGCUUAAUAAAAUAUUACAUUCUGUUGUGCUUUUUGGCUAGAGGGGUCAAACCAACUGAAUUUUCUACGUAAUAUUUUUUAAUUGACUGAUAGAUUUAUGAAUAAAAAUUAACUUGAUAGACAUUACUUUUUUUGUAUAUAAGUUAGUUUAGCAGCCUAAGCUGACCUUUUGUUUUUGUUAAUUUACAAAGCAAUAGAAUGAUUUAAUUAUUCAGCAUUUUAAUUAUAUACAGUACCAUUUCUAACAUUAUCAAAUUUACAGUAUUAUCAACUUUUUACUAUUGUGACCAAUUCACUGUCAUACUAAUGAAAUCAUAAUUGCAAACCAAGCAAAACAAUUUGGUCUAUUUUUCACAGUCCUUAUCCAUAAUUUGUUCAUUGUUAUUGGCCAUAUGUGUUAGCUAAUUUAGAUGUUAAGGGAAAUACAAAAGCUACAUUGGGUUAUUAGGCAAGCAUCUUAUGGGGAGUGGCACUCCUCCCAGAGAAGAGGACCCGCAACCCCUAGGUACAAUCUGCUCGACCCUCAGCAGUGUUAUAAUGAUGACUUAAACAUGCUAGACUUUAUUAUUCUAAUCCUAUAUAACUAUCCAAAAUUGGUUUAAAUUUGGUUAAUACUGAAUUAUAUGAAUUAAUAACAUUCUGAUCUUCAGACUUAUUUCUAUAAUAAGUUAGGUCUACUAGUUAAAAAAAAAAAAAACAUAUCUAAUGUUAAUUUUUUAAUGGCCAAUUUUUUAACAUUUGAGAUUGACAUUGGUGCCUAAUUAUAAAGCCAUAUCAAAUGAUAAUAUUAUAAAAGUCCAGUAAUACCAUUCUCCACAAUAUCAGGUAGUGGUAUUUCACAGGAAGUUCUCUUUCAAGUGUUGAAUUUAAAUAAUCACAUUUAUUGGAGAAAUGAACUAAAUAACAUAUACAUGUACUAUGCUUUUUUUUUAUAAAAUAUUUUUGUUGAUUAGUAUAAUAAUUUUCUUCUCUUUGAAAUUAUAAUAAGCAUAGGGUGUGUGAAUGUUGAAAAUUUGUGUACCUAUCCAUUGUAUGAAAAUGAGUGUUGACAAAAUAUACUGUUGCAAUUGUAGAAAGUGCAGUUGCAGACACUUUAAUAACAGUGCAGCUUUAAUUUUCAAAUUACGUCUGACAGUUUAAUGUAAUGAUUGUGAUUGGAAAGAUUUGUACAGGUCUCAGAGCAUAUUUUCAAACAUGUGUAAUAUUGUACUUUAAUGUGUCAACAUUGAAAAAUAUUUGAAUCUUCAUUACAAAGGAUUUAGAAAAUAUAACUUUUGUUGAAUAAUGUAAAAAAUUAUAGCAAGAAUUUAUAGCCAGAUAAAAGUUAUCAAAUUAGUUAUCACUGACUAAUAA